CUUGUUGAAAAAACUUUGGUCCCUUUUAAGAUAAGGUGUCAUGAUGUUGUUUAAAACCCUAAUCUUUAAUCAUCUCUAAAAAUAGUUCAAAAUUGAAAUAGUAAGCAUUGUUUGCAUCUCCCCCAUUCUUUAAUUAGUUCCCUUGUUCUUUUGGUUAUUUGGACUCUGAAGAUUCCUUGUGUAGGCUUUGCUCAGAGGACCAAAGAUUCAGCACACUGUUCAUAUGGCUUGGAGGAACAAGAUGCCCAAUUUCAGCAAUGUGUUCCAGGGUACAGCAAUGGAGGUGGAGCCAGGAUGCCCACACACAAUUAAGUCCCAUGGCUCAACACUUGCAUGGGAUCACAAACUAGACUGGCUCAUUCUUCUCUUCCUCCUGCUCUUGGAGGUCAUCCUCUACAUAAUAGGUCCAUUCUAUCGUUUUGUAGGUGCCGACAUGAUGUCGGAUCUCAAAUACCCCAUGAAAGAGAGCACUGUCCCUGUUUGGGCAGUUCCUAUCUUUGCAGUUCUUUUGCCUAUUGUGAUCUUCAUUUUCUUCUAUCUUCGAAGGAAGGAUGUCUAUGAUCUACACCACAGUAUACUAGGACUUUUAUUUGCUAUACUAAUAACUGCCGUCAUGACGGAUGCAAUAAAAAAUGCAGUUGGCCGCCCUCGACCUGACUUUUUCUGGCGUUGCUUUCCAGAUGGACGGGAUCUUUAUGAUCGUUGGGGCAAUGUGGUAUGCCAUGGUAAAGAAAGUGACAUAAAAGAAGGGCACAAGAGUUUUCCAAGUGGUCACACUUCAUGGUCAUUUGCUGGCCUAGGUUUCCUGUCGAUGUAUUUAGCAGGGAAAUUUAAAGCUUUUGAUCGUAGAGGACAUGUGGCGAAGCUAUGCAUCAUCUUUCUUCCUCUUCUUGUAGCAUCUCUUGUUGGCGUUUCUCGUGUGGAUGACUACUGGCAUCAUUGGCAAGAUGUGUUUGCUGGGGCCCUCUUAGGUCUUGUAGUGGCCGCAUUCUGCUAUCUGCAAUUUUUCCCGCCCCCAUAUGACUCUCAAGGUUGUACACCUUAUGCCUUCUCCCGAGCUGUGGAAGAGUUUAGAAGUAAUUCACGAACACGGUCAUCUGCAAAUGGACAAAAUACAUCGCAGUGCUUAGCAUUGCGAGUUGCAAACCAGCCAACCAUUGAUCCACUUCAUAUUUUGGAGUGCGGCAACAGGAUACAGAGAAACAACAUUUGACUCGGUCAAACUUUCCACGCAGAUGGAUGGACUUGCUUCUUGUAAAUAUUUAGUUAGGUAAGAAUUAUCACUCUUAGUUGCAACAUUCCGUAACCAUUUCCAUUAGUUGAACCAUAACUAAACUUCCCUCAUUUUCUCUAUUAUCACCUUUUCAUUGUUUAGCUCCUAUAAUCAUAUAGUGAGUGUCUGAGGAUGCAUUGAUGCCGGAUGGCCUUGCUAUUUGCUGCUUCAAUUGUACGUAUAUUAUAUGGAUCAGUUUAGAAAUUUAAAAGUGACUUCCUAAAUCAAUGAUCUAGUCAAAAAGUACACCAAAGUAUUGUGGAUUUGUG